GUUUUUAUUUGUAAAAAAAAAAUCUAUCUAUAUCUAGUUUCAAGUUUCGCCAACUGUAUAUCGAAACCUGUGUCACGUUAACCCCAACAUUUCCUCUUAAUUCAAGAGUUGCCUCGAAUUUCUCUAUCUCGCUAAAGUUGCCUGUGCAAUGGAAGAAUCUUUCACCAAUCUUCCCAGCAGCCAGCUUCCUGGCUCUGUCCCGGCUGUGGUUAGUGAAGGCAACAAAACUACUAACCAAGAAGUUACAGGUGCAAACCUGCAAAUAUUUCCUCCCAAUAGUCAGGGAUAUCAAACUCUCGGUGCUCCCAGUGAUGGAGGUGGACAACAGCCGACAAACAAUUGGAAGGGACUGCUUAGCAUCUCUUCAUACACUCAAUAUUUUAAUGUAGACACAGACAUCGUACUCAACAGAUUGAUCAGUUCUUUGUAUCCUUCAACAGGAGAUUUUGUGAGCAAAAUCGAUGCAAACCCUGACCUCUAUGGUCUUGUGUGGAUCUCAACAACAUUGGUUUUCGUGAUUGCCUCCCUUGGAAACUGUGCAACCUACUUAAUGCAAAGAAAAAGCAAUGGUGGUUCUUCAUGGACAUUCGAUGUCAACUACGUAAAUGUGGCGGCUGGCUCGAUUUAUGGUUAUGCACUCUUAGUUCCAAUGGGAUAUUACUUUUUGAUUCAGUACAUGGGUUCGAGCGUCAGCCUCAUACGCCUUUGGUGCCUGUGGGGAUAUUCCCUUUUCAUUUUUAUCCUGACUUCUUUUCUGUUGAUUGUGCCGGUCGAGUUUGUUCGGUGGCUUAUCAUAUUAGUUGCCGGUGGUGCUUCUGCAAGCUUUGUUGGUUUGAACCUCGGAUCUUACAUUCAGACCAACGACCUCACAAUCGUGCCCAUCUCGGCAUUUGUGCUGCAAAUGGGUUUAUCUGUCUUCAUCAAGAUGUGGUUCUUUGCUUAGCUGAAUAUCAGUAUGUUAAAUGCCGUGGUUUGAGUUUUUACCGGGAAUUUACAGCUACCAGCCUUUGUCAGUGUUGUAUAUUUGACCGCCAUAUAGCUUUUAGAUGCUGGUGUUGUUUGUUGCCAGGGCAGUUUUAAGUUUUUGGCUUUGUGAGCACGUUCAGCCAUUGAUACGGGUUUCGAUAAAGGUUGUUGACGAGUCGAAUUUACUGGUAAAUUUACACGUGAUGUACUGUGCUUCCCAUUGUGCGUUUAUAUUUUACUAAAAAUUUCAUGAUUAUAAUUGAUACAUAGUUUGUU